CUGAAGGACCUGGAUGAUUACUACGAGAAGUUCAAACGGGAGACAGAUGCUGUGCAGAAGAGGAGGAUGCUGCACUGCAUCCAGAGAGCUCUGAUUCGCAGCCAGGAGCUGGGGGACGAGAAGAUCCAGAUCGUCAGUCAGAUGGUGGAGCUGGUUGAGAACAGAACGAGGCAGGUGGACAGCCACGUGGAACUGUUUGAGACCUGUCAGGAGGCUAAUGACACCACUGGGAACAGUGGCAAAGCCAGCCAGGAUAAGUCAAAGAACGAGACAAUCACCCAGGCUGAAAAGCCCAACAACAAGAGGUCGAGGAGGCAGAGGAAUAACGAGAACCGAGAAAAUGCCUCCAACAACCACGAUCACGACGACAUCACCUCAGGAACACCAAAGGAGAAGAAAGCAAAGACAUCCAAGAAGAAGAAACGCUCCAAGGCUAAGGCAGAGCGGGAAGCUUCUCCCCCAGACCUGCCCAUUGACCCCAACGAGCCAACAUACUGCUUGUGCAACCAGGUCUCCUAUGGAGAGAUGAUAGGAUGUGACAACGAUGAGUGUCCCAUCGAGUGGUUUCACUUCUCCUGCGUGGGACUCAACCAUAAACCCAAGGGCAAGUGGUACUGCCCCAAAUGUCGAGGAGAAAACGAGAAAACUAUGGACAAGGCUUUGGAGAAAUCUAAAAAAGAAAGAGCCUACAAUAGGUAGUUUGGAGACUUUUCCUAGUGAAGAAUAAAACCCACCAAACCAGUGUAUUUAUUGCCAGUGUCACCUUUGUUGAGGUGAGAGGAUUGUACAAUGUCUAUUUUUAAAGGAGGUUGGACACUGAACCAUUCCUGUUCCAGGGACGGCAGUAAGCAGUUGUGGUUUUCCUUUGGUGAACUGUAACACGAACAUGGUCUGUGGACCAAAGUAUUCAGAGGUUACAAGAGUUGAAACUGGGUGUUUCUGAAAAGAACAUUAAUACUUUCCUUUCUUUCUGUUUUC